AUGCUCACAAUUAAUCCUCCAGGUGUUCACCUACACAAAGUAAAAUUGUAUGCCCCUACCAUUGAAUCUGAGAUUCUCAAUGCACCAUCAUGCCAAUCUUGUGUUGGACUAGGCGAGAUCGGAUUGGAUUACCACAUCAUGCUCUUGCCACCAAACUUCCAGCAAUGGAUAUUUACAGCAGCUACUAUAGUCAUUGAUCAUGGUAUCUUGAUUGCAGUGCAUACACAGGAAGCAGAUGAAAACAUACAGAAUUAUGAUGGAAGGAUUAAGCAACAGAUAAUAAAAAACUGGAGAAUUCACUAG